AUGAAAUAUAGGCUUGCAAAUGGCUGGUGCAAUGGCAAGCUAGCAGGCCACGGCAGCGGAGUUCUGGUUAUUCGGGAUCCCGCUGGGAAGUUGGGGAGGCCGUCGACGCAGUUUCGCAAGAUACAGGUCUUUGCGGUUGUGUCCUUCUGGUUCCUAUAUCUCCUCCGUGGCAACAUCCAUGGCCCUCCUGGCAUUCGUCUCCUAUCCUCCCGGUUAUCCAAGCGAGCCACUCCAUGGCAGACCACCGUUAUGACCCUAAUUGGGUUGUACCUAUCUGGUAAUUUCGCCAAGUUACUUGGUCUCGAGUCUCCCGAGCCUCUCGCGAAUCUAUAUUCCCGGUCCUACUUCCGUGCCACUUGGGUAACCACGGCACUGGAUGCCGGGUUCUGGACGGCCAUGAACAUCAAGAAGAAGUGGUUGCGGGAUCUAGCAUCAAUGGUCUUCUCGAUUUACUACCUCAUCGCCGCAGAACAUGCAGAUGAGAAGGUCCGGAAGGUUAGAGCUGUGAUGACAGUGGAGCACUUGCGCAUAUCGUGGAAUAAAGCUACGACACCAUACCUGUCAUUUCUCUCAAAGCUUAUGCGUCCACGCUUCAUGGACUAUGCGCCGGUUCAGAUACGGAUACCCAGACCGAAAGAAUCGUCGUACAAGGAGCCGUGCAUUGCAUGGUUAUAUUAUAACGGCCCGCUGCAUACCCUGAAGGACCAGACUAAUAUCGUUCUGGAUAUCCCCGGUGGUGGGUUUGUGGCCAUGGGCCCACGGAUGAGUGAUGAUAAGCUCCUAGCCUGGGCCGGGAGGACGGGAGUGCCGGUCCUGAGCUUGGAUUACAAAAAGGCACCUGAAUAUCCUUAUCCAUACGCCCUAAAUGAGUGCUACGAUGUUUAUCAUACCCUAGUCACUAGCCGUGGUCGUUGCAUUGGUCUAAGUGGCAAGGUCAGUCCCAGCAUUGUGAUUACAGGUGACAGUGCGGGUGGGAAUCUGGCUGCUGGUGUCACGCUGAUGGUACUCCAGUCAGAGAGCACGAAUUCGCGGAAGCGGCGGGGAGAGGACUCUCUACCGCCUCCGGCUGGCUUAGUGCUCAUAUACCCGACAUUGGACAUGAACAUAGGUAGUUGGAUGACGGAGGAUGAAAUGUCAUUAAUACGGGAGCGAGGAAUGCGAGAGACAAAUGUCAAUAUCCUCCGAAGGAAAAGUGAGGACUACCGCAAGCUAACCUCAUCACGUCCGUCAAGCUUUCACGAAGCCUCCUCAGAACAUCCAGUCAUCCAAGACUAUUUCGCCCAGCAGCACGCCGGUGUAAUUCAUGAGGACCGUGACCCAGCGAUUGAGACCGAAAACAUCAAUAAACCUGUUCCAGGAAACACUGCCUCAGAAGUCGUGGCCACAGCUAACAAGCAUCCUGGGCAUAUCGAAACACGACUCGCCGUCUCGUCCAUGAUUUCAUACUUCAACGACCGCAUCCUGACCCCUGAAAUUAUGCGUGCUACAAUCAUCCUCUAUAUCGGCCCAUACAAUCGUCCGGAUUUCAGCUCAGACUUCCUCCUCUCUCCUAUCCUCGCGCCUGAAGCUCUGCUGGCCCGUUUCCCCAAAACCUUCUUCCUAACGGGGGAACGAGACCCGCUAGUUGAUGACACAGUGAUUUUCGCUGGGCGUAUCCGCCAGGCAAAACUGCGUCAAUUUCGCGAACGACAGGAGCUGGGCCUUGAGAAGUCCAUGAGAACGUUCGAUGAAAAGGCGCAUGUCGAAGUGUCCCUGAUCCCGGGAAUCUCACAUGGGUUUUUGCAGUUUCCUGCCUUGUUUCCCGAGGGGUGGAGACAAAUCUUCCGUUGCUCACGGUGGAUUCGGAAGUUGUUCGUGCAUGCCGCUGAAAGAGCCUCUGCGGCUGAAGGGGAUCUUACGGCCUCCUCGAUGAGAUCUCUCGCGCCUCGUCGACGGCAAGGAGAUAGCUCAGGGACUUUAAAACCCGACUCCUCCUCAUCAUCAAUAACAUUCGCGAGGCGGGGAGACGCAGGAUCUACUCAACGAAGCAGAACGGAUAAGAGUGGACCACGAGACCACCAACGAGGACUGACUGGGGAAUCGUCGGGCGACGAAGAUAGGCCACUGGAAAUGACCAGGCUGAGAAUGACCAAACGACCAUCAGCUUCGCUUGGGGUUUCUAAAUCCGCCUUGUCUUCCUCAUCGCCUUCUGCUCGAUCAACAGCAGAUGCCUCCUAUUUCCCCUCUCCAAGCCCAGUCGCCGCCCCCGAAGGGACAGUAAGCCCCGACUCCGUUAAGACUGGUCUCAUCCCCUCCGCGGGCCCUCCAAAUGGUAUCGCAAAGCACAAGCAUCCACCACAACCGAACGGGGACACAACACAGUCAAGUCCCGGCGUCUUGCCUUCCAUCCAACCCAGUACCAACGGAAACCACGCCCGCAAUCAUAACGAGGGUUGCAAACCAACCCACGAGGCGGAGGAUGAUGUGGAUGGAAAAGAAGACAUUGUCCAUUCCUGGCGCAAGCGCAUGACGAAUAUGGCUCUACAGCGCGAUGAGAGCUUGACAAGCUUGCCCAGCGAGGAGGAUUUGUUAGGGAGGCGUAUGAAUGGGUUGGCGGGCGGGUUGUUAGGGAUGGGGGAGGCGGUAAAGACCCCUUAGGGAUUUUUUAUUUUUUAUUUUUUAUUUUU